ACGUGAUCCCUCAAGUUCCGGCGGGUCCACACUUCACGACAUCGAUUCAGCAUUGCUCCUGGUCUUCCCACCGUCACCGUCGCUUUUGCUUCCCAACAGCUUCCUUCGUUCGCACUUUGACACCGUCAAAAUGUUCCGCACCGCCCCCCGCCUCGCUGGGUUCAUGUUCCGUGAGAACCGUGUUCCCCAUUACCAGCGUCUUUUCCAGCAUCACGACGGCAAGCGCCAGUGGUGGAAGACCUCGCGCAGCAAGUUCGUCAUGUACCCCUACCUUAUCUCCGUCUAUGGCCUGGGCAUUGCCACCACCUACGCUAUGGGCCGCAUGGUUUUUGGCCACAAGACCUGGUUCGGCAAGGAUUAGAUAGACUCCUCGCCUAAUUCAUACCUGUUCUACCAUACAAAACAGCAUGUUCAAGAUUAAUUGGCGGUGUAUCUCUAGGAUUUGUGGUCGUUUAGUUACGAGGGAGAAUUUCGACGUUGUACAUAAGAUACGUUAGGAAUCAAUGCGUGAAUUGUUUCCCUCGUUUUACUCCUUGUUCGCAGCUUGCUUUGCCAAAUCUCUGGAGACGCUCCCUCAGCUCUGUCUCGUAACCUGAGAAAUGGGCUGAUUAUGGCCUGAUCCCGGAUGAAUUUUCUGAUGUCA